GGAGGGGGCUACUGGCACAAGGUGACAAUUCAGUUUUGAGCCGGUGCUUGUUGAGAAAUAUCAAUAAACAGUUAAACUUAAAAUGAAGAAGGUCGUGAUUUUUGGUUCGACUGGCGUGAUCGGCUUGAACGCUGUUGAGGCGGCACUUAAAAAAGGCCUAGAAGUACGAGCGUUCGUACGUGACCCAGCAAAACUCCCAGAACAUCUUAAAGACAAGGUCGAGAUAGUCAAAGGAAAUGUUCUCGAACCAGACUCGGUACAUGAGGCCGUCGAAGGAACAGACGCUGUCGUCAUCACCCUCGGGACUAGGAACGACCUGGCGCCGACUUCGGAUUUAUCUGAAGGAACCAAAAACAUAAUAGACGCGAUGAGAGCGAAGAACGUUAAGACGGUGUCGGCUUGUUUAUCGGCAUUCUUAUUUUAUGAACAAGAAAAGGUGCCGCCGAUCUUCGUCAAUUUGAACGAAGACCACAAGAGAAUGUUCCAGGCUCUGAAAGACAGCGGCUUAAAUUGGAUCGCCGCGUUUCCGCCACACUUCACAGACGACCCAAGCCGAGAAAUGAUUAUUGAAGUGAACCCUGAGAAGACACCGGGCAGGACCAUUGCUAAGUGCGACCUCGGCACAUUCCUAGUGGACGCGCUUUCCGAACCCAAAUACUACAAGGCAGUCAUUGGCAUCUGCAAUGUGCCCAAAGAAUGAAAGACCCUAUAGUGGUUAUUAGCUUAAUAUAUCCAAUAUGUCGUAAGGUUAAAAGGAUAUUUUUACAUUUUUGUUCCUUGUAAUUUUUUCUAUAUACGAUCAAAUAUUUAAAUGUUAUCCUAAGUGCUCACUUAUUGCCACUUGCUUAGAUGCAAGAUUUAUUAUAAUAUACUAUAGGGAUAAUGGAAAAUGCAAUGUUUCAAAUAAAGUUAUUUUACUGUU